AUGAAUAAUAGUAGUGCACUUGUGCAGUAUGUUAUUAUACGAAAGGAUUUGAUAAACGUUUUAAAAUGGACAGCUGGUGCUAUUAUCGCUCAGGCUUGUCACGCUACUGCCGCUGUAGUGCAUACUUUCAAAGAUGAUCCCAUCACUGUUGAAUAUCUUAAAGAUUUAGAUUCAAUGCAUAAAAUAGUUUUAGAAAUUCCAGAUGAAGAAUCCAUCAAAACAUUAGUCAAUCAAUUGUCUGAAAAUGGAAUUAAGCAUAAGUUAUGGAUCGAAAAGCCAGAAAAUAUACCAACAUGUUUAGUUUUGAAACCUUAUCCCAAAGAAGAAGUUCAAAGUUAUUUUAAAAAGUUAAAGUUAUUUAAAGUCUAA